GUGAUGGAGAUGGUCAGAGUCUUGGAGAUCGACGAGUUGAACGUCCCUCCCCUUAAGUGCGAUCUGUCGUUCAUUUCUUUCGUGAAUAAGUGAUGGGAACCGACGCUCUGCGUUCAGGAAGUGUUUCCGACAUCUAAGUUCUUCUUCCCACCAUGAGCCCCAAUAUGAUGCUGUUGUGGUUGGGGGGGGACACAACGGGCUAACAGCCGCAGCGUACAUGGCUAAGAGUGGCAUGAAGGUGGCCGUGUUCGAGCGACGCUACCUAGUCGGAGGCGCGGCGGUCACUGAAGAAAUAGUCCCUGGGUUUCGGUUUUCCAGGGCCUCCUACGUUCUCAGUUUGUUACGACCGCAAAUCAUGUCCGAAUUGAAACUGGCCGAUCGAGGACUAAAAGUCCAUCUUCGAGAUCCAUCUUCCUAUACGCCAAUUCGCGAGGAAUUGAGAACACGACCAGGUUUGACCUCUCUGACUUUGGGCCAAUCUACCGAAAUGAAUAGGAUGGAGAUCGGAAAGUUUUCUUCGCGAGACUCUGAGGCUUAUGAAAAAUUUGAAGAUCACUUGGGCAGUCUGGUAGACAUUAUCAAUCCUCUCCUUGAUCACGCUCCACUGGAUUUGAACAAAUUCCUCCAAGGUUCGCUAUCAGAAAAAUGUUCAAGCUUCAAGGAGCUCUCACCUUUGUGGCAGGCGAUGAAAGCAGUUAGGAAGGUAGAUCUCGAGGAUAUUCAAGAAAUGAUCACCUCUCCUACUUCAAAGAUUCUGGACGUUUGGUUCGAAUCUGAUCCCCUGAAGGCCACUUUGGCUACCGAUGCUUGCAUCGGUGCCAUGGCCAGCCCAUCUACUCCAGGAAGUGGCUAUGUUUUACUGCACCAUGUCAUGGGCGGUUUGAAUGGCGUUCGCGGCGCGUGGGGCUAUCCGGAAGGUGGAAUGGGCUCCGUAUCAAAUGCCAUAGGUGAUUGUGCCGUCGAGGCUGGUGCGCAAAUAUUUACUGACUCACCAGUUGAAUCGAUCGACGUUACCAAUCAAUCUGUGACAGGAAUUACAAUUCAGAGAGGAGGAGAAUCACUGAAAAUCAAAGCUCCUCUCGUUUUAUCCAAUGCUACGCCCAAGGUCACAUUUUGUAACCUCUUGGCCAAACCUCAGGAUCAUUUGCCUCAAGAUGUCUUGGACAGAAUUGAGGGGAUUGAUUACACAUCGCCCGUGACAAAGUUGAACUUUGCCGUAAACCGUUUACCUAACUUUGAAGCGGAUCCCAACCAAGUUCCGAAUGAGGCCUUGCCAUUACACCAAAGUACAAUUCAUUUGAAUUGCGAAAACAUGAGCUUACUAGAGGAUGCCUAUGCGUCUUCUGUGUCAAAACAAUCAUUCUCAGCCUUGCCCAUGAUCGAAAUGACCAUUCCUUCCGUAUUGGACUCGUCCCUGGCUCCACCUGGUCAGCAUGUGUGUCUCGUAUUCAGCCAAUACACGCCUUAUGAUCCUCUUCCUUCUGGAUGGGACGCCAAAACCAGAGAUUUGUAUGCAAACCUUAUUGUGGACACGAUUGAGUCAUACGCGCCUGGAUUUCGGGCUUCCAUUGUGGGAUAUGAGAUGUUGACUCCUCCCGACCUGGAAUCCAUUUUUGGUCUCACGGGUGGGAAUAUCUUUCAUGGCUCCAUGUCUUUGGAUCAGCUCUACUUGAGUCGCCCCACUAGUUCACGCUCUAUGGCCAGUCCUGGCACGCCUAUCCAAGGUCUGUUGCUGGCUGGCAGUGGCGCCCAUCCUGGAGGGGGCGUGAUGGGAUCCCCGGGCAGAUUGGCUGCCAAGACGGCCGUUGAAGUUGCGGGCAAAUCCUGGACAUUUGCUUGAAAUUGAUCUUAUUCUGGCUGAAUACAUGAUGUUACUCGUUUUCCCGGUG